CACCAAUUUAUAUCAAAUAUAAUAGGAAAUCUCAUAGGCUUCUCUCUCUUUCUCUCUCCCUCUCUGCUCACCAUGAACCUCUUCUGACGAGCUUCUCAGAUCUACCAUACGCAUACCCAAAUAUCUGUAAGUUUAUCUACUCUAUUUGUAUGUGUCGGUAAUUUUCCUUAAUGGGUGAAGAGGUUUUUCCAUGGUUGAAGUCUCUACCUUUAGCACCAGAGUACCACCCAACCCUAGCUGAGUUUCAAGAUCCAAUUUCAUAUAUUUUCAAGAUCGAAGAAGAAGCUUCCAAGUAUGGAAUCUGUAAAAUCAUCCCACCUGUCUCUGCUUCACCCAAGAAAACUGUAAUUGCUAACCUGAAUCGCUCUCUGUCCGCCCGAAACCCUGAUUCAUCACCUACAUUCACUACCAGGCAGCAACAGGUCGGUUUUUGCCCUCGUAAGCACCAUCGACCGGUUCAGAAACCUGUUUGGCAGAGCGGCGAGAUAUACACCGUGCCCCAAUUUGAAGUGAAAGCCAAAAGCUUUGAAAAGAGUUACCUUAAAAGAGGAUCAAAUUCGAAGAAGGGUUUAACGGCGUUGGAAGUCGAGACACUUUACUGGAAGGCUCAUGUGGAUAAACCAUUUUCAGUUGAGUAUGCAAAUGACAUGCCCGGCUCGGCAUUUGAUCAAACGGGCGGUGGACAUGGGAAGAAACACGGGAAAAAGGAGAUUGGGGACGCCUUGACGGUGGGGGAGACCGAGUGGAAUAUGAGAGGGGUUUCAAGGUCAAAAGGGUCUUUGUUGAAGUUUAUGAAGGAGGAAAUACCUGGUGUCACUUCGCCCAUGGUUUACAUUUCCAUGCUGUUUAGCUGGUUUGCUUGGCAUGUUGAAGAUCAUGACUUCCAUAGCUUGAAUUAUAUGCAUUUGGGUGCUUCGAAAACCUGGUAUGGCGUACCCAGGGAUGCUGCGGUUGCAUUUGAAGAUGUUAUCAGGGAACAUGCCUAUGGAGGCGAGAUCAAUCCCAUUGUGACUUUUGCUACUCUUGGCGAGAAGGACCACAAUUAUAUCUCCAGAACUGCUAAUAUUGCGACACCUGGCUGGUUGAAAGUUGCACGAGAUGCUGCAAUUCGUAGGGCUUCAAUUAACUGUGCUCCAAUGGUGUCUCACUCUCAGUUGCUUUAUGAUCUUGCAAUAUCAUUCUCUUCAAGUGUGCCAACAAGCAUCAAACCCGAGCCUCGAAGCUCCCGAUUAAAAGACAAGUUAAAAGUUGAAGGAGAAGCUUCAGUAAAAAGACUAUUUUUAGAAGACAUGAUGCAAAACAACAACCUUCUUCAUAAUCUUGGUAAAGGCUCUGCUAUUGUAAUUCUUCCGGAAGAAUUCUCGGACAAACGGAAUCCCGUUAAAUCUAACGGAAGUCGAUUUGGAUUUGGUCAAAAUGAUGGAUUAAAGUUUUCUACAAACAGUUCAGAUUCAGAUGAUGCUGUUCAAGACAAAAAGCCCAUGAGGAAACUUUCUUCAUUUUGUGCUUCAUCAAGUAGUUUAUUAGCUUCUUAUAACAUGGGAAGUGGAAGACCUACAGAAGCAGCUGCAGAUUACCUCAUGUCAGCUGAUUGUAAAGGUAUUAGUGAUCUUGUUGCUGCUACUGAGUUCUUUGCUGCUAAUGAAGAUGCAAGUGUGGUGGAUCCUGAAUCCUCUUUAGGGAAAAUACCAGAAAGAGGCCAUGAUGGUUUAUUUGAUGUUCCAAUAAAAUCUAGUGACCAAAUUCAAAAUGUUGAUGAUAAUUCGGAUUCUGAUGAUGAUGAUGAUCAUGUCAACAAAGAUGAUGAUGAUGAUGUGAGAGGUGAUAUGAAGUAUAUAAAUGAUCAGACUUUCGAAUGUUCUAUCAAGCUUGAAAGAAACAAAAGCUUCAAGGACUCAAAUUGUUCAAAAGGUCGAUUUGAUAAUGAGAUAGAGUCACAAAAUCCUUUAUCUGAUACACACGAUUCUGGGAAACAAACUGAAAACACAAAAACAUCAUGUGAUGAAGAUUCUUCUAGAAUGCACAUAUUUUGCCUUCAACAUGCUCUGGAAGUAGAACAACGCCUCCGCUCUGUUGGUGGUAUUCGCGUUCUACUCCUUUGUCACCAAGAUUAUCCCUCUUUAGAUUCGGAAGCAAAGUUAGUUGCAACAGAAUGUGGGACCCAUGACAGGUGGACAGAUCUUGGAUUUAGAGAAAGUAACAAAGAAGACAAAGAAUGGAUACAAUCGGCUCUCGAUAGUUCAGAAGCCACACACGGAAACCGAGACUGGGCUGUAAAAUUAGGAAUCAAUCUUUUUUACAGUGCUAGUCUUUCCCGUUCGCCUCUUUACAGCAAACAAAUGCCUUACAAUUUAGUUAUUUACAGCGCAUUUGGACAUUUCACUUCCAGUAGCCCAACAAAAGCGAAACCUUCCGGAAGGAGAAAAAAAUUGUGGUGGCGGGAAAAUGGUGUGGCAAAGUAUGGAUGUCGAAUCAAGCUCACCCGUUGUUAA